AUGACUUUCUUCAACCUAACGAUCAGCAUUGUCUCCCGCGCAUCCUUCGGGAACAAGCAUAGAAACGUCCAGGAGUUCCUAUCGGCGAUCAAAUCUGGGGUCGCACUGGCCGGCGGUUUCAAAAUCCCUGAUCUCUUCCCUACAUGGCGGUCCGUGCUGGCCAAGGCGACCGGCAUGCACCGCACCUUGGAGGAUGUCCACAUGACGUUGGACUCCACCUUAGAGGGGGUCAUAGAAGAGAGGGAAGGCAUCCGGGAGGACAGGGUCAAAUCCGGUGCAUCGUCGGCCUCGGACUUCGAGAACCUGGUCGAUGUUCUCAUCGGUCUGCAAGAGAAAGGUGGCACCGGGUUCCACCUUAACACAAACAGCAUCAAGGGCGUCAUACUUGACAUGUUCGUGGCUGGAACUGGCACGUUGGCGUCAUCGCUGGAUUGGGGUAUGUCUGAGCUCAUGCAGAACCCGAGGGUGAUGGACAAGCUGCAGCGCGAGAUCCGGGAGCCGUUCCAUGGCAGGGCGACCAUCAGUGAAGGCGACAUCGAGGCCAGCGAGCUCCCAUACCUGAAGCUUUUCAUCAAGGAGAACCUCCGGCUACACCCGCCAGCGCCACUCCUGGUGCACCGGGAGUGCGUCGAGGCCUGUGAGGUUGACGGAUACCUGAUUCCCGCGGGUUCGCGCCUUGUCGUAAAUGCGUGGGCUAUUGGGAGAGAUCCAAGGUAUUGGGAGGACGCUGAAGAAUUCAAGCCCGAGCGGUUUGAGGACAGCUCGGUCGAUUUCGCAGGGAGCAACUACGAGUUUCUGCCGUUCGGGGCCGGACGGAGGAUGUGCCCCGGCAUCUCCUACGGGCUCCCCGUCUUGCAAAUGGCGCUUGUUCAACUCUGCUACCACUUCGACUGGUCCCUGCCUGAGGGCGUCACCAAGGUGGACAUGACGGAAGGGGGUGGCCUCGGUCUGCGCCGCAAGUCGCCUCUCCGGCUCUGUGCCAAGCCAUUUGUCCCCGAGUCAGUGUAUGAAGUAUAA